AUGAUAUUGGGUACUACGCAAAUUAUCUAUCUAUCUAUCUAUCUAUCUAUCUAUCUAUCUAUCUAUCUAUUGUUUCUUGAUCAGCCUACAUUUAUAAUUUUUCUUUUUAUCUUUCCUGGUUCUUUUUGUUUUAUUUUUGUGUCUUGUCUGUUUUUCUUCUUUUCAAAUUUACUUUCUCUUCUUCCUCAUCCUCUUCCUUUUUUUUUUUUCUUCCCCAAUCCUCUCUUUAUUUUUCUGUACAAAUUCUCUAUUUUCUCUUCAGGAUUCUUUUUCAUUUUUUCCACUUUGAUUCUCUUUCUUUCCUUCCAUCAUAAUUUUUCUUUUGUUCCAUUCUGCUUUGCUUUCUUUUUUUCUUUCCUAAUUUUCUUUCACUUAUUGAUUUUCAUUCUUUCUUUCCCUCACAAUUCUUGUUCCUUUGUUCCUACCAAUUUUCUUUGUCUUAUUCAUUCUAGAGACUCUUUCUUUUUUCAUUUCCCAAUUCUCUAUUCUUCUUUUGUAAUUCUCUUUCUUUUCUUCACUCCAAUUUUCUUUAAUUUUCUAAUUGAUUUCUUCUUUUCCAACUCUCUUUCUUUUUUCCCCUGCUAUUUCUUUCUUUCUAUUCUUUCCUGA